UUCACUGAUCACGCUCCGUAGCAGUUUUUGUGGGAAAGAUAAUGCAGGAAGAGUGGACAGUUGUGUUAUAUAUACCAUAUCCCACACAGAGCAUAAAUCUAUCUCCCCACUACCUCUUCCUUUGUUUACCACUUUGAGCGUAAAAAAUCUCUGCAACAUGUUUAAUCAACUGUCUGAUCUCGAUUGUUCGAAAACAACAUGGAGAGUUAAGGCUAGAGUGACGAGAAUGUGGCCUUCGGUGUCAAACACAACUACCGGAAACGAUGGACUAAGAGGCUACAAUCUCAUCUUGCUUGAUGAUAAUGACUGCCAUGUACAUGCAUUCGUGUACGCGGAUAAGUGGAGGUCAGUGGCUGAUAAAAUUGAUGAGGGAUGCGUUUAUGUGAUAUCAAAUUUCUACACAAAGAAACCAACCGGAAAUCUUAAACCUGUGUCUUCUCCUGUUUUGAUUAACUUUUCAAAUUCAACAUCAGUGGAGAAGGUAGAGGAGGAUGACUUUAUGAUUCCGAGACACAAAUUUGAAUUUGUGGAUUUUAGCGACAUGCUUACCAUUGCAAGUGCCAACAAAAACGUGGAAUAUCCGGAGUUCACGACAGAUGUGAUUGGUGUGUUGGAAGAUUAUCAAGGUUUGUCAAAGCUAGGCACCGUAUAUGGACAGAAGGACAUUUCGAGGUUUAGAAUCACCGAUGGCAGGCAUUCGGCAAAAGUCACAGCUUGGGAACAAAUUGCUCUGGCAACUGAUGCUCGAUACAAAUCCAUUACUACACGACCAAUCAUAAUAAUUAUGGCAAGUGUUAAGAUGAAGACCUUUAAAGAUGAAUAUAUCCAGAUGAACACAUGUCCAUCGACCAAGAUUUAUCUCAACCUGGACAAUGAAGUCGUCCAUGCAAUGAGGCAAAGGCUUGAUGAAGAAGGCUAUGUGCCUUCUGAAAAAAGUUUUUCAGACCCUUCUUCAUUGGGUAUGGUUUCUGCACCAGCCAUUGAAACCAUUACUUUGAAAGAAUUGAGUGAAAAGAAUAAGUCGGAGUUUAUCAAGAGAAUGUUUCUAUGCAAAGCAAUUGUUAAGAACAUUGAGGAAAAUGAAAAGUGGUGGAUUGACUGUUGUCACAAAAGCAACUGCAGUGAAGAGCUUUCUAAAGUUGAUGGAAAAUUUAGGUGCCUCAAGUGUCACAGAAACUACCCAAUUCCACAGAAGAGGUUUCGAAUUAUUGUGUUGGCUGAGGAUGAAACAGAGGCAUUUAACUUUGUUCUCUUUGAUCGAGCUGUGAAGAGGAUUGUUGGCAAAACAGCAACAAAGCUGAUCGCUGAGAGGAUUGAUGAUGAAAGCAAUCUUAAAGAUUAUCCGAGUGAACUGAAAGCUAUUCAUGGAAAGGAGUUCACUUUCAAGAUUGAGCUCAAUGAAGACAAUAUCCUUAUCAAGAGCACCGUGUACAAUGCUACAGAUGCAUUUGGUCGUGAAUUCACAGCUUCGUCAAAGUCAGAAGCAAGUACCUCAGACUUGGAGAUCACUGGCUACAAAGAUAAGAAGGACGAAGAUGUUGCAGACAAUGGGAAUACACCAGGUUCAGCCAAAUCGUGCAGCAAGAAGAUAAAAAUGGAAACUUGAGGAAGAAAAUCGCACGCACCAGCUAUGCAUUGAUUGAAUCUGUGAGGAAGGAUCUCUUUGUGAUGCUUUUUUUUAUCAGCUUUUUUUUAAUAAACUCCAGAUUGUUUUUCUGAAAUUCCUAUUGUAGUUUGAUGAUCACAACAUUCUGUUUGAAUAUUUGCUUAUGCAUAUUUGUUUCGUUUGAACAUUAUUUCUAGCUAAAACAAUAUUCUACGUUGCUAUAUAAUUCAUGUAUCGUAUUUAAAGUUAUUGUUGACCUCAAAGUGAUGUGGCUUAUAUGUAUGUCUGUUCGAUAAUAAAAUAUAUACAUGACAAAAAUAUUCGCUUACUCCUCUCGAAAUAAUAUAUCUUUUUAUCACCGCUAACAAUAGCUAAUAAUAUAUA